CUCUCUCUCUCUCUCUCUCUCUCACCAACCGAGCGCGAGCUCGUGCGGCUGUCCCGAGGAAACCGAGGAGGGGGUAAGGAAGCCUCCGUCUUGAAGCAUCCAAUCCAAGGCUUCCACUCCACCGCCGCCGCCGCCGCCGCCGCCACCGCCGCCUACUCCUCCCCGACCGCCGCAAGAUCCAUCCGGGUCGGCUAUUUCUUGGGAGCAGAAGGGGUUAACCUUGUGGUUGGCAAGUAUGUAUUUUGAAGGAUAUGGUUACCGCGGAAGUACUUUUGAACAGACAUAUCGCUGCUACCCUGCAUCUUUCAUUGACAAGCCACAGCUGGAAACUGGUGACAAAAUAAUUAUGCCACCAUCAGCUCUGGAUCGUCUUGCAUCUCUGCAUAUUGAAUAUCCUAUGCUGUUCGAAGUUCACAAUGCAGCAGCAGAACGGACAUCACACUGUGGUGUCCUGGAGUUCAUUGCAGAAGAAGGAAUGAUCUACAUGCCAUAUUGGAUGAUGCAAAAUCUUCUUCUGCAAGAGGGAGAUAUGGUGUUCAUAAAAAAUGCCAACCUCCCAAAGGGCACUUAUGUGAAGCUGCAGCCUCAUACAACAGACUUCUUAGAUAUUUCAAACCCCAAAGCAAUCCUGGAGAAAACUUUGCGAAACUACUCUUGUCUAACUAUGGGUGACAGCAUUAUGGUAGCGUAUAAUAACAAGAAAUACUACAUUGAUAUAGUGGAAAGCAAGCCUUCCAAUGCUAUAAGUAUUAUUGAGACUGAUUGUGAGGUUGAUUUUGCUCCACCACUUGACUAUAAAGAACCUGAGCCACCAAAGCCUGCUGUUCCACCAAACACAAUGCCCGCUACAGAGGCUGCAGUUGAAGAAGAACCAAAGUUCACCCCCUUUUCUGGUUCAGGAAGGCGUCUGGAUGGGAAGCCUUCUAAAGAUAAGGAUGUGCUAGCCUCAUCCCCUGCAAAGAGGCAAGCUAAUGCGACCAAUGGUGUGCAGCCCUCAACAGCCUCCACAUCACAGAGCAGUUCGUCCCGCAAAACCACAGGAAAGCUUGUCUUUGGAUCUGGUGGAAGUCAAGCAGAUAAGGCACCUGAAAAAGAGGCCAAGGAGGAACCGAAGAAAGAAGAACCGAAAUUUGCAGCAUUUACGGGAAAGAAAUACUCAUUGAAGGGCUGAAUAGCCGGAUAAUGUAUUCUUGGUAUUUCCAAAGACAGGCAUGAUAAUGUAUUCUUGGUAUCAUCGAUAUGCUACUGAUUAUUUAUCCUGACUCCUUAGGGUGGACUAGUGGCAUCUUGAA